AUGGCAUCCGUCGCACCAUCCGCCUCCGCGACGUCGAUGUCUGCAGCAAACCUCCAACCACCUUCACACAGAAGACCUGAAUUCCGCAAAUCCCAACUUCACCGACAAUACGCUUCGAUCCUACGCACGAUGCCAUUGAUCAUCUACUUUCAGCAUAAUAAUUUGCAAUCUAUGGAGUGGGCCAACAUACGUCGCGAGCUGAUCAAGGUGCUGCGUAAGGUCGAUGCACAGAAUGCUGCUAUGGGUAGCUCCGAGCCAGCUAUCGCAGAUACUAUCAAGUUACAGAUUAUUCAAACUUCGAUAUACGAAGCUUCUAUGAGAGUGGUAGACUUCUAUCGUCCUGAAACUGCUUCGAUUGGUGCAUCGGGACCGAUAUUUAACAAGGAGGAUCCCCGAUUGACUCACGACUUAUCGCACGCAGCAUACAAAGCCGUGCUCUCGAAACGUGGAAAACAUGACUUUUCCAACCUUCUCGUUGGACCGAUUGCUACGCUCUCAUUCCCUUCCGUCUCGCCGGACCAUCUACGUGCUGCGUUCACUAUUUUGGCACCAACUGCCAAGAGCGGUAUGUUCCCUGCGCCUUCACGUAAGGCGAACCCAGGUCUGUAUGACCUCGUGACCCAGCCAGGAUUGCAGAAGUUGAUGCUUCUGGGUGCCCGUGUGGAAGGAAAGGUGUUUGAUGCAGAUGAGACGAGAUGGGUGGGUGGUAUUGAGGGUGGAAUGGGUGGAUUGAGAGCUAGGUUGGUUGGUAUGCUGCAAGGUGCCAGUGCCGGGUUGGCCAGGACGUUGGAGAGCGCAGGAAAUAAUCUCUACCUUACCCUUGAGAGUAGGAGGACUGUUAUGGAGGAGGAGCAGAAUGGUGGCAAGAAAGAGGAGCAGGCAGAACAGAAGCCGGAGUGA